GGAACAUUCAAUAAUAAUCAUAAUAUACACAUCAGGAUCCCGCAACACAACACAAUCAGCUAUAGAACAGGCGUAGAAACGCUGCAGCCUGACGGCCCAGGAUGCCCGCCCUUCGACUGCCCAACGCGGCCAUCUACACCCAGGCAAUCUUUUCACCAGGAAAGCUCAACCCCGAUCUUUACGCCCCGAGCAUAUCACAUAUCGACUGGAAAGCCCUGAAACGAAGAGGUUUCAACGCCGUCGUCAUCGACAAGGACAAUUGCCUCACAUACCCUUACAAAGAUCCGCUACACCCCUCGAUAGAAAACGGGUGGAAGGACCUGAAGGAAACCUUUGGACCCGGCAGGGUACUGGUCGUCAGUAAUUCCGCGGGUACGAGAAAGGAUUUCGGAGGAAUAGCCGCAGAAUCCGUCUCCCGCAAACUAGGCGUCCCCGUCCUCAUCCACCCUCAACCCAAACCCGGAUGCGCACAAGACAUCAUCUCCUACUUUUCCGGCGAACUACCCUUGCACUCCUUGACCGACCGAUCACGGAUAAAACAUCUCGGCCCCGAGGUGGAGAGGGAGAUCAAAGAGGCGGUCAGGGUGGAUUUGAGGCAGAGGAGGGAAGAGGGGGAGACUCUGUUAGGCAGGCAGGCGGGGACGAUCAGGGCAAGGGAUGUUAAGGGUAAAGGCAAGGCCAGGGAGGUCGAUAUCGACUCUGCUUCUGAGUCGGGAAAUAACGACCCGAACGACCCCUUGAGGAUCUUGGUCGUUGGUGAUCGACUCGCCACGGACGUCCUCCUCUCCCGCCGACUCUCCAAACAUCUCGCAUCCACCUCUGCCUCGACCUCCCAAACCAAAUUUCCCGGCUCGGCCUCACCAGACGAUUUACCACCAACCAUAUCGAUCAUCACGACCGAGCUGUUUAAAAGACGCGAUGUCAGGCUUCUAAGGUGGCUGGAAAAGACGUGGUCACGGAUAGGUUACAGGCCUACGGCUGUUGAGCGGGGGACGAGGGCUGGGUGGGAGACGUUUCUCUUAAAGAGGUCUCUGGAAUUGAAAGACGCCGAAGAGGGAUCGACCGGACUUAAAAUCCAAGACGGACCUACGAGUUCGAGAUUGGUACGGCUGAUCGCCUUGAUCAGGGGUAUACCUGGCGGGAUCCGGAGACUACGGAACUGGAGACCGCCAACUGCCCGGCAGAUUGUCUCUCACGCUCAACAUGUGCUCGUGAGGAACGUCCGGAGCGCCACACCCGUCGUCAUUCGAGGCCUCAGAUCAGGUCUUGGAACGGUAGGCGACCGCGCACGGGGUCUCGUCCUCGCCCGACGUAACCGAACAUAUUCGACUUCGGCCAAUCUUCAUCGGUUUUAUGCGCAGCGGAGGGGGUUCGGAACGAUGGGAGGGAUGAGACUGAACAUCAAGCAUGAUCUUCCCAUGGAACCUUACAAGGCGCCGAAAUCGGUGCUAACCCAACUCGGGACUGAUCGAAUGUACGAGCGAUUUCCGGACGAUGUCGACUAUUCACAGUUCUCGGCUUCGUUGGACCGAAUGCCGAUGAAGCCCCCGGGAUCUUUCGGGUUGGACCACUUGGAAACCCUCGAGGACAACGAGAUCGUCAGCGUGCUCGACGAGGUCCUCAAGGUCCGCGCCGAGAACCCGCACUUGGAACAUUGGGAUAUGGGCUUGAUCUCGAUCAUGCUGUCGAUUCGAUCUCGAGGGUCUUAUGACAAGAUUCUCCGUACCAUCUCGCCUAGUAGCAUGGCGAGCCUGAUCGCCUCGCUGUUGUCCAUCGGAGCUAUUCACUUGGGACAGCUGGUGAUGCACGACAUCGCCAUCCGCCCGAGAAUCGCAGACGACGUCAAGAUCGCCGUGCUCAGGGCUUGUACUUCAGGUCAAGCGGCUAUCAUGGGUCUGGACAAGUCGUACCUCUCCCGACUCGUCGCCACGGUUACUGACGAGAACCUCGGCUUGUCCACAUCCGAUCGGACCGGGGAGACGGCUCUCGUUCCGCACAAUGGUGAAGAUCAUCUUGCCGGCCUACAGAGCAUACUGGAAGGAUACCUGCAGGAGCAGGGUCCGGCCAAGACCUCGUCGGCCCGAAUCUACAAGACGCUCUACACGUACACGGCCGAGGUCGUCGGGCUCGGCCUAGGCGACACCGUCUCCGCCCGAGAACGGGAACGGAAGGCCAAGUGGUUGGUCUACCGGGUCAUCGUCUCGCUGUUGAAACGAGACGAGGUCGUCCCCGCGCUCAAGAUCUGCAAACUGCUCGGUCAGGCCCGAUGGUUCGACCUGUCGGUGUUUGCCAAUCGUCAGACGGGAGGCCAGUACUUUGCCGAGUCUACCAGUUUGCUGAUCUGGUGUGGUGUCGUCCGCGGGUGUACCGAUCUUUUGUGGAUCGAGCGAGCUUGGGGUCUGGCUUUGGGAGCCAAGAAGCUCGGGAGCAAGCUGGCGGGAACCGAUAAUGUCGCCCUAGGCGUGUGGAGCGAGACCAUCAACCAGCUCGCGAGGACGUCCUUGGCUUCGAGAGACCCUGCCCAAGUUGAACCGCUCAAGGCGCUCCUGUUGGGCCCACCUCUUCAGCAAUCGGGGUUAGUUCUCUCACGCUCGGUCUUGGAUAGUUUCUACACCGCCCUGGAAGAAUCCUCGAUCGCCACGGUGUGGAGCGUUUACCGCCGGCUCCGAACUCAAGGUUAUCAGCCUCCUCGUGACACCUGUCUUCUGCGUCUUUAUGAUUACCUGGCGCGAACGAGUCGGACGGGUCGGACUCAAUCAUCCGUCGAGACCUUGGUCAAGGACGUCCAAGCAUCGUCAGAAACGCUUUCGCCUCAGUACAUGCCCUGGUUCAUCACCUACCUUUCUCGAAGCCGGAGCAAGGAAUCCGCUCGACGUUUCUACGAAAAUGCCGUUCAGCACGGCUCGGAAGCGAUGCGAACGGCGGUUUUACAAAACCCAUACGUCAUGUAUGGACUCGUUCGAGCAUUCGGCGGUCAACGUACUGUGACCAACGCCCGGUCGUACGAUCGAGGGUUUGCCCACUCCGUCAUCCGGGCCUUCAUCGCGUCCUCGCCGCCCGUAACAGAUCUGACGCCAACGACCAUCGGCUUGUUGGCGCGGAGUUUUGUCCUGGUCCAAGCUCCCAGCUCGGCGGAAAAGCUCUUCCAGCACACCUUUCCCGCAGGUACCGUGGCAACGACAGCGGGAACGAUGGUGGCGUCCAAGGGAACCGCCUCGGAAGCAAGUCGCGAUGCCUUUAUCGCCGUGCUCGUCAAGGGCUACGCAGAGGCCCUACCCGCGUUUGUGCAGUACGUGAUGAGAUAUGGCAUCUCGCUGACCAGGACGCAGAUGAACAUCUUGACGACGUCUGUCGGGACGAGCAAGAGUGGGCUGCCCAAGAAGGAAAUAAAGCAGCUUGCGCAAACAUGGCGCACCUACUGCGACGAGAUCGCGUCUGGUUCAUCAUGACCAGGAUCCUCCUGAUCGCGCCCCGGCGGCAUGAUACGGUAGCCUUUGUAAUGUUUCAGUAAAAGACCGAUGGGAUGUCACCUGAAUAUGACGAUGAGCGAUAUUUCCAAGUCGCCCCUCCACCGACCUGCGUUCAAUCAGGUCCUGAUUCAUGACUGUCUGCUGCCAAUUAAUCCGCUCAGUGUGUGGCUGAG